UGAAUUCAUAUAUAAAAUAGAUUUUUCAUUGGUUUGUAUUGGCUUUGCGAUUAAAUUCUGGUUGAAAUCGCUCACGUAUCAACAUUUUAAAUUUGUAUUGUGAGUCAAUUAAUUGGCUAAGAAUUUUAAUCUUUGCUGGUCAUUUGGUGUUAAAAAAUAAAAAUAAAUUGCAGCCAAAUAUGGACAAAAAAACAAAGGCCGAUUUUGAAAAAAGAGAAAUACCACCAUUUCUAGAGAAAAUCUUGGCACUAGAUGUCGAAUGGACGAAGAAAUUUGUAUCGUUUAGCUUGAAUUUUGUUCCAAUUCGAUCGCUUAAAACUCACUGCAAAUUUUUGGAAUAUUCGUGCCAUGGAUUGGUUUGGUUGUCGGCCUUGUUGGCCUUUUGUUGGCUAAUUGACAAUCCAAACUAUUAUCAAUUGCAAAUGAAUUUACUAAUUGGCCUUAUAUUGGACAUUGUGUUUGUGGCCAGCAUCAAGGCAGCCACUCGACGAAGGCGUCCAACAAUCGAUGACAGUUUUCUCACCAUCGGUCCAGAUAAGUUUAGCUUUCCAUCUGGCCAUGCAUCGCGUGCAUUCUUUAUAUUAUUGUUUUUCACCGCGCUUGAACCGCUACCGCUACUAUUUUGGCCACCGAUGUUUGCUUGGGCGGUCAGUGUUAGUUUGUCACGAUUGCUGCUCUAUCGUCAUCAUAUUCUUGACGUUUGUGGCGGUAUUACGCUUGGUAUAUUGGAAUCACUUUUAAUUUGCAUCCUAUGGUUGGGCAAGGACGCAUCUGCCUGGGUUAUGUCAUGGUUAUCGGAUGAAAAACUACCCAGUGGAACGACACAAGAGGAUUUAUUUUAAUAAUAUUCUUUGUUAUGAACGACUCGGAUUAUUGCUUUGUUAUUUCCUUUAUUUAUACAAAACCAAAGUUUCCAAUUGGCUUAACGAAAAUUUACAGACAAUAAAAAAAAUUAGUUUAACCAAUUCAGUUUAUUUGAUGAUCGCUCAUUUUUUACAUGGAUAAAAAAUAUGUUAUCAUUAUAUGGAUGAAAAUAAAAUGUCCAUUCAGCA